CUUAAGACAAAUGAAUAUACUUAAAAUGUGUUUAUAUCUGAAAAAUUGAAUUUUGAAAAUUGUUUGAUGAAGAAAUAUACAUAGUUGAUAAUUGUUUACGUAAAUUAAAGCUAAAUAAUAUUUUUAUUCUUAACGUUUGGUAAAAUAAUCUCGUAUUCUCUUAUAGAAUCUGUUAGAAAACCUUUUCACGCCUGAAAUUUUCUAUCCAACGCCGAAGGAAAGCAAAACGGUAACGAGAAAUACAGAAAUACGAACAGGAGUUCCGCCAAUCAACAUCGAGGGCACCGCUGAUUGGUCAUCCUUAAGCAGGAUGAUGAACAGCAAGGGGAUUCAAUUCUCCAAAGCGAGGACGGCGGGUACCAGUGUGAAGGUAUUCACAAAUACACCAGCUGACUACCGUCAGCUAGUCGCACUGCUGGAGUCCAUCAAGCGGCCCUUCUUCACCUAUCAACUGAAGGAGGACAGGAUGGACCAGAGGGUCAUUCGUGGGUUACCCAGAGAGAUGUCAGUCAAUGACAUCAAAGAGGAUCUGGUGAGCCAAGGCAUCGUAGACGCCGAGGUUCAGCAGUUGACCUCAAGGACCACAAAGAAGCCACUUCCGCUCUUCCUCGUCAAGACGAAGAUGCCGGAAAAGCUUGCAGAGAUCCAGAGGCUGGCCAUGCUCACGGUCAGCUUCGAGAGGAAGAAAAAGUCUUCCGAGCCCAGCCAGUGCUACCGCUGCCAGCGGUACGGGCACACACAGCGGAACUGCCGUCUCGCUGAACGGUGCGUUAAGUGUGGAGAGGACCACAACAGCACCAGCUGCAGUCUGCCAGCGCCGCCAACAGGGCAACGAAACGCCAACUCUCUGGCAGACGUUGAUGAAUACUCUUCGAGCCUUUUUUUGAAUUCAGGCAAAUAAAUUGUUUUUCACGGAUCAAUGAUUUAUUAUUUUCUCCCCUUAAACAUUAUUUUAUUUCUAUUCCAUACCCACCACGAUAAUGGCUAACGUGAAUACAAAUUUAUUAAAAGAGAAUAAAUAUUAGCGAGAAAUGCAUCUCUCAAACUAUUAUUUACUGGGAAGUAGGUACAUUUAGAUAUUCUUUGGUAGCGGUGUAGCAGACACGGUAUCACUG